GCCGAAAACAGCCAACGAAAAAAGAAAUAAACAAAAAAAAAAUCCUGAUUUGUUUGUUCAUUGGUAAAUCUGAAGAAUUCAUCUCCAUUUUUCUGAUCCAAACUCAUUUCCGCCCCCCAGAUCUCUCUCUCACAAAUGACGACAUCGCGGCGUCUUGCGGAUCGGAAGGUGGAGAGGUUCGAGAAGAACAUUUUGAAGAGAGGGGCUGUGCCUGAGACUGCUACAAAGAAGGGAAAAGACUACCCUGUUGGCCCUAUUCUUCUUGGAUUCUUCGUUUUUGUCGUCAUUGGAUCAUCUCUGUUUCAGAUAAUCAGGACGGCAACAGGUGGAGGAAUGGCAUGAGAGCCAUCUUCACUUCUGAGGAGUAGCAGAAAAGGCAGGACAUGAGGUUAUAACUUCUUGAGUUAUUUGUUUGUACUCUCUGGUCUGUGUCUGUCUGUGCUAUCCUCUAGGAGAAGUUUGGUAGUGUAGAAAGAAAGUAAAGACCAUUUAUGGUCAUCCUGUGAAGUACUCUUAUUUGAAAAAAAAAAGUAAUUUAAAUAACAGUGCACAUGCCUAAGUGCUAUGCUAUCCUAUAUCUAAUUUUGUUCAUGGUUCAUGUCAUGAUCUCUUAACUCUAAGAGGUGCACAUCCUUCUACAUUUAAGUUUGAAAAAAUUGCUUUCAAGUGAAA